AUGAAUCAAGAAGCAUUACAAAAAGUCCUUAUUGAAAUGGACAACCAACUAAAUAAAUCCCGUGCCGAAUUAUCAAUGGUUAAUGUCCAAUUAGAUCGAGUUCAUACCAAUUUAACCGUAAUUGAAUCUACUAAAUCACGAUUAAAUAAACUAUGUGAACCUACAGAGACUGUUUGGCAAGGGGUUGGAAAGGCAUUUGUUGCUGAUACUACAAAAUCUUAUUUAGAAGAUUUACAAAAAGAUUCAAAACAAUUUAAAGAAACUGAACUGAGUUUAAAUAUAAAGAAAAAUUAUUUAACAACUACACUUAAUAAUACAAUUGAAAAUAUGCAAACUAUAGUUGGUAAGAAAUAA